GACUCUUAAGAAGAUGGUCCUGUAUUCAUGCUACAGAGUGUCGAAUAUCAGUUUGGCACAAACUUGUAUUUCUGAUGUAUGCCAAUAAAAACCAGAAGCCAAUGCGAACCAUUCAUCAGUUCAGACAUCUUUAUUGUACCAACAGCAGCAGCAAGGCUAAAAGCAAAUUCAUUGUGUUUGCUGGAAGGAGAAGAGUUCAAAUUGCUGCUCUGACCACAGUUGCUGUAGGGAGUGGCCUUCUGUACAUUGAAUGGCUAACAUUAGAUAGGGCUGUCCAUUAUAAACCAGAUGCAGUCCUACCAGAGAGAGGCAGCGAGUACAUCUAUGUCAAUGCAGCAGUAGACCGGGAUGACCUUGUUAAACAAGUCAAGAAUAAAGUACAUUGGAGAAUCAAAGCUUUGGAAUACAUUUUAGAAGAUAAAGAAACAGAGAAUGUGCUGCCAUUUCGUGUGCCAAAGUUUAUCUCGGGAGAGAAGAGCCAUGUGUGGAAGGACCCUAAGUCACUGUUGAAGAAAGCUCAAUCAGGUGACAGACUGGAACGACUUCUAGGAGUCGCUGCCCUCUCAAAGAAACACACGUCUUGGCAUGAUGCGGACUACCGAGCUAUUGCUCAGGCAUGCAAUUCGAGGACUCUGAUUGGCUUAGCUCGAUCACCUGACUGUGAUCCAAGAUUCUUCUUGCCCCCUCCUCCUUUGUGUAAAGAGCAAGAGCAAAAGGUUUCUAUAGAGGCAGCUUUUACAAAGCUGUUAGCCUCUCUCCCCAGGAGUAAUGUCGAUAGAUGCACUCAGUACUUCACAAUGGCUGCUAUGCAGCAAAGUAAAAAAGCCUUAGCAGAAGACCAGACUGGUUCCAUUGUAUUUGGAGGCAAUGCACUUUCCUUUGUUGCUACCUUGAGUAAGAUACCAGAGGAAGCCCUGGACCAGGUCUAUCUUUUGGCCCUCAUCAGUCAUUCAGAGGUGAGCAGCCAUUGUGAAGAGAUUGUAAAGCUUGGAGGUCUUCAGCUUCUGAUGAGGGUCUAUCAAGCCAGGGAGAACAGUCCAAAGAUACUCUCACAUGUCGCUCAAAUCAUCGCUAAUCUUGCCACCAAUCAAUCCGUCCAUGACAAAAUAAUUCAAGCAGGUUGGGUUUCUGUCCUUGCCAAGUGGAUUAAGUCUAAACACCUCCCUCUAUCAGCCCAAGCCAGCCGAGCACUGGCAAACUUAGACAGGGACUGGUCCUCUGAAACAUUUGGUAAUGGAGUCUAUGUCCUACACCCCAAAGGCAGGUCAAGUGAGCCAAUCCUUGCUGAUGUUGUCUUCGUUCAUGGGUUGAGUGGUGGAGCCUUCUACACUUGGAGACAAGGGCAGCCUACCAGUGAUGAUGCGUUACCAGAGCAACCGCAGCAUCCGUCACAACCACCUCCUCCUACCGAGGAUACUGAUGGGCAGAAGGGUGCAGAGGAGAAGAAAAAAGAUAAAUUUGUUUGGUGUUGGCCCAAGAGUUGGCUUGCACGAGACUGUCCCCACAUGAGAAUCGUCACCGUCUCCUACGAUACACAGAUCACUGAUUGGGCUUCAAAAUGUCCUUUUGAAGGAGAAAAGCAUUCAUUAGCACAGCGCAGUGGUGAGAUGCUAAGAAAGCUACAUGAUGCUGGAGUAGGUCAAAGACCAAUCAUAUGGGUGACCCACUCCAUGGGAGGUCUUUUAGUUAAACAGAUGCUGAUUGAUGCAAGCCAGAGUGAAACCAUGGCGAUGGUGAUGGGCGAGACGAAGGGCGUGGUCUUCUACAGUACCCCUCACCAUGGCUCAUCCCUUGCUGCUUACUCUCAACAAGCCAAGUACCUUCUUUAUCCUUCAACUGAGGUCAAGGAACUAUCACAAGAUUCUCCAGUAUUGAGGAAUCUACAUGGUCGUUUCCGUGCCUUGGUCCAGACGCAUCAGCUUCCAGUGCUAACCUUUGGUGAAUCUCUUCCUACUAAUAUAGGAUUGUCGGUCAAGACUUUAGUGGUUCCUCCGCUCUCCUCCAAUCCUGGAUGUGGAGAGUUCCAUGAGAUGCCUAUGGAUCAUCAGAAUAUAUGCAAGCCUCACAGCCGGAACUCACUCCUUUACCAGCUCACCUUGAGGUUCAUCCAACAGAACAUCACCUUGCCCCUGUCUGUCGCCCUCUCUGAGAAACUGGACGAACUCCUGCAGGAUCCAGAAGAAGAGGAAGUCUUCUAUCCUCUUGGGAUGUCAUUCGGAGAGUAGACAAAUUAAGGAUCAAAGUUUCUAUCGGUGGCAA